CGCGGCGACGGCUCGAGCGAGAGGAGGAGAUUGUGAAUGAACGUCGAGUGCGCGUGAUAGCGGCGCUCGGGUUCUGACUCGCUGUUGGACACUAACCAGCGGAGCUUCAAAGAGAUGACAAACCACAGCUCGAGUGUGAAGGAGAAGUGGGAUUCGUUACAUAAUAUUGCCAACAGUGAAAGUGGGAGGCAACGUGUAUUUUUUUUAAUGGUGAAAUAUGAGAGAACGCCACCCGGAAUGGAUGAACGCACGUGAACGAAGAAAGCCCGUGUGUGUUUUACUCUAACGGAAGAAAAAAAAAAAACUCGGAAGCGAUUGGGACGUACUUCGAAAGUGGGAUGAAUACAACUUAGCUAGUUGUAUCGCUCGGACGUUACAUCUAGAACCGCUACCGCACUAAGCAGCCGCAAUGGAUAGACCGCUGUAGGGAGAGCGGCGGAGCUUGACCUAACUUUUAAAUCGAGUUGGUUUAGCUACCUUCUUCAGAAGGCUGCAAGAAAGCUGCACAUCUCGGUCAAACAUGAUAAGAGUAUCGUGGACAGCUUUGCGUUUAUCAUGGAUAUUGUUGAUAUGCAACGUGAACACAAGUUAUGGCCAGGAAAGACAAGGGUACCUGGUGGCGGCCCCCUCUGUCUUCAGAGCGGGUGUGGAGGAGAGCGUGAGUGUGACCCUGUUCAACGCCCAGGCGGAGACACGUGUGCAGGUGCAGCUGUCCGUCAAAGGCGAGACGGUGGCCCACAGCCAUGGAACUGUGUUUGACAAAGGCACCAUCCAACUGAAGGUUCCCCCCGGGCUGAGAGGCCAGGCCCACCUCAAGGUCUGGGGAAACCGCUACCUGAAGGAGGGCGGCUACGUCUUCCACAACUACACCACAGUCACAGUGGAAAGCAAGGGCACUGCCGUGUUCAUCCAGACCGACAAGCCUUUCUACAAACCCAAACACAAAGUGUUCAUAAAUGUGUACACAGUCAGCCCUGACCUGAGGCCGGUCAACGACAAGAUGGAGGCGUAUGUUGUGGAUCCAAGAGGAUCUAGAAUGGUACAGUGGAAAAGCCUCAAAUCAGUAUGCUGUGGGGUUGUGAACAUGAGCUUCCCUCUGUCAGACCAGCCGGUGUUCGGAGAGUGGCUGGUCUUUGUGGAGAUGCAGGGCCACACCUACAACAAGUCUUUUGAAGUACAGAAGUAUGUGAUGCCGAAGUUUGAGCUGGCGAUCGACCCACCGAGUUACAUUCAUGACCUCAACACCUGUCAGCAGGCCACGGUCCGAGCCAGGUAUACCUUUGGGAAACCAGUCACUGGUAAACUGACGGUAAACAUGACGGUGAAUGGAGUGGGCUACUACCGCCAUGAGAUGGGCCAGCCUGUGGUCAAGUCCAUGGAUAUCAAAGGCUCGGCCACCUUCAGUCUGUGCGUGAAGGACAUGAUGCCGCUGGACGUGGCGGACCACUUCCGGGGUACCGUGAGCGUGUGGGCCACGGUGACCGGCGCCGACGGCAGCCGGCAGACCACGUUCGACGACUCCACGCCGGUCCACCAGCAGCUCAUCGACAUCAAGUACUCCAAGGACACGCGCAAGCAGUUCAAGCCCGGUCUGCCCUACAAGGGAACGAUAGAGGUCACCUAUCCAGACGGAAGCCCUGCCGAUGGGGUCAAGGUGCGCGUGAAGGCGGAGCUGACCCCAAAGGACAACGUCUACGCCAGCGAACUGACCUCCAGGAACGGCAAGGCCACCUUCGAGAUCCCCUCCAUCCCCACAUCGGCUCAGUAUGUCUGGCUGGAGACCAAGGUGAUAUCCAUGGAUGGCAGACCGGCCGGAGACCAGUACCUGCCCAGCUACCUGUCCAUCAGCAGCUGGUACUCUCCCAGCAAGUGCCACCUCCAGAUCCAGAACCCCAGUGCCCCACUGCAGGUGGGCCAGGAGGCGGCGGUGGCCCUGAAGUCCACGUGUCCGUGCAACGUGACGCUCCACUACGAGGUGGCAUCCCGGGGAAACAUCGUGCUGUCGGGGCUCCAGCGAGCCAACCUCACCGGCUCACACCGGGCCAGGAGGGCCGCCGUCACCUUCGACAAAAACAUCCACACCACGCUCCUCCCCCCAGCCACCUCCGAACCCUCCGGGUCCCAGGCCGAGUUGGACACGUGCGUCUCCUACCUGCGCUUCCCCGUCAGCCCCGGCAUGGCCCCUCUCAGCCGCCUGCUGGUGUACUACGUCAGGGAGAACGGGGAGGGCGUCACCGACAGCCUGCAGAUCCCCAUCCAGCCCCGCUUCGAGAACCAGGUGUCUGUGUCCCUCUCCGCCAACGAGUCGAUGCCUGGUGAGCCGGUGAGCCUCCGGGUCAAGGCGGACAAGGGCUCCUGUGUGUGCGUGGCCACCGUGGAUAAGAGCCUGUACCUCCUGAAGCCCGACUUCCAGCUCAGCCCAGACAAGGUGUUCAAAGAGCUGGCGGACUUUGACGUGUCCGACGCGUUUGGCAUCCCCAAAGACGACGGCCACUUCUGGUGGCCGGGCCUGUCGUCACGGCGACGCAGACGCUCCUCGGUCUUCCCGUGGCACUGGGACAUCACCAAAGACGCACGCUUUGCCUUCACGGACACAGGCCUGGUGGUGAUGACGGACGUGGUGAGCCUGAACCACCGGCAGAGCGGAGGCAUGUAUACAGACGAGGCGGUGCCGGCCUUCCAGCCCCACUCCUCCACCCUAAUGACGGCCCUGCACUCCCGCGCCGUGCCCAGAGCAGAGAAGCGCAGGAGGACAUUCUUCCCGGAGACGUGGGUGUGGCACUGCCUUAAUGUCAGUGCGGAGACUGGGGAAGCCGAGCUGCGAUUGGACGUUCCAGAUUCCAUCACGACCUGGGUGACCGAGGCCAUUGGCCUGUCCAAAGACACGGGGAUGGGCCUGGCCAAGAGGGCGGAGCUGCGCACCUUCAAGCCCUUUUUCGUCGACUUCACCUUGCCCUACAGCGUGAUCAGAGGAGAGCAGACCAAAGUCCCCCUCACCGUCUACAACUACCUGCCCACCUGCGCCGAGGUCCAUGUUAAAGUCUCCGUCCCCAAGGGCAUCAAGUUUGUGGGCCACCCAGGAAAACACCACCUCACCAGGAAGAAGUGUGUCUCUCCUGGGGAGGCCACGCCCACGUCGAUCGUUCUGUCCUUCACCGAACUGGGAGCUAUGAACAUCACAGCGCGUGCGAUCGCCUACAGUGAGCCAAGCUGCUGCGCUGACGGGUUGCAGACCAACAAAGUGAGCAACGACGUGGACGACCGGAGGACCCCCACUGGCCUGGACCACGUUCGCAGGAGUGUUCUGGUGGAGCCAGAAGGCCUGCCCAGGGAAUACACGUACAGCGUCUUCUUUUGCCCUAAUGAGAGGAUCCACAUCUCCACUCCCAACAAGUACGAGUACCAGUAUGUGAAGAAGCCAGCUCGCAUGACCCAGUUCCAGGUGGCGGUGAAGACCCACAACGAUGCCCACUUUGCCCUCUCUGGAAGCCCCCACGACAGCGCCGAGAUGCUGGAGAUUGUGCUGGGCGGCAGGCAGAACAGCCGCUCCUGGGUCUCGGUGGGUAAAAUGGGGGAACCGUUGGUCAGUGCCGCCACGCCAGGCAUCCUGUCCUGGGACGAGUUCCGCAGCUUCUGGAUCAGCUGGAAGUUGGGGAUGAUCCAGGUGGGAUAUGGUCUUCAGCCGUCUAAUGAAUCGCUGAUCCUCCAAUGGGGAGGCCCCCUUCCAAACCAGAUACGUCAUAUUGGAUUCUCCACGGGCUGGGGAUCAGUCGGAGAGUUUAAAAUCUGGAGGAAGGAAGACUCGGACGAGAACCACAACGAAGCCUUCACCCUGGGGGUCCCGCAAAACGUGGUCCCUGGAUCCGAGAAGGCCUCCGCAUCCAUGAUCGGGGACGUGAUGGGGCCCACCCUGAACAACCUGGACAAGCUCCUGCGUCUGCCCUUCGGCUGUGGGGAGCAAAACAUGAUCCACUUCGCCCCGAACGUCUUUGUCCUGAAGUACCUGCAGAAGACCCGGCAGCUCAGUACAGACGUGGAGACGGAGGCCACUGACUAUCUGCUGCAGGGCUAUCAGAGGCAGCUGACCUACAAGCGCCAGGAUGGGUCCUACAGUGCUUUUGGAGAGAGGGAUUCUUCCGGAAGUAUGUGGUUGACAGCGUUUGUGUUGAAGUCCUUUGCCCAGUCUCGGGGCUUCAUCUUUAUUGACCCUGAGGAGCUGCGUGCUGCAAAGUCCUGGCUCAUUAAACAUCAAAGAAACGAGGGCUCCUUCCCUGCCAUGGGACGCAUCCUCAACAAAGACCUGCAGGGCGGAAUCCAUGGGAAGAUAUCCCUCACAGCUUAUGUGGUCGCGGCUCUCCUGGAAACGGGGAUAACCACUGAGGAAGAAAAGGUUGCCGUGACCAAGGCCAAGGAGUUCCUGGAGACCAACACCUACUCAGCCAACGACCCGUACACCACAGCCCUCUCUGCCUACGCCCUGGCCCUGCUCCGCAGUCCGUACGCCCCACUGGCACUACGCCGCCUCAACCACAUGGCCAUCACGCACGACGGCUUCACCCACUGGAGUCUCACGGGGACCACGGUGACCGCCGAGGACACCUUCAUGGGCUUCAGCGACGGCCUGUCCCAGUCAGUGGUGUCCGCCGAGGUGGAGAUGACCGCCUACGGCUUGUUGACGUACACCCUCCUGGGCGACGUGGCGUCGGCCCUGCCGGUGGUCAAAUGGCUCUCCCAGCAGAGGAACGCCCUAGGGGGCUUCUCCUCCACCCAGGACACGUGUGUGGCUCUGCAGGCGCUGUCCGAGUACGCGAUCCUCUCCUACGUGGGCGGGGUCAACCUCACCAUCUCCCUGGCCUCCACCAACCUGGACUUCCAGGAGACGUUCGAGCUGCACCGCGAGAACAAGAAGAUCCUCCAGAGUGCCAAGAUCCCCAGUAUCCCCACAGGUCUCUUUGUCAGCGCUAAAGGAGAAGGCUGCUGUCUCAUGCAGAUCGACGUGUCCUACAACGUGCCGGACCCUGUGGCCAAACCGGCCUUCCAGCUCAAGGUGGUCCUGAAGGAGCCGCUCCGGGAGCGCCACGCGCAGGCCUCGGCCCCCCGACACCCGGCCCCCCGCGCCCGGAGCCGCGACGACAACCGCUCUGAGCUGAACCGCAGGAGGCGGGCGGCCCUGGACGAAGACGAAGACCCCGCCGCCCACCAGGACAGCAUGGACUACCGGAUCUCCUUGGAGGCCUGCGCCAGGUGGCUCCACUCAGGCUCCUCCAACAUGGCUGUCUUAGAGGUUCCCAUGCUGUCCGGUUUCCGAGCUGAUAUCGAAAGUCUUGAGAGGCUGCUGAUGGACAAGAGAGUGGGCCUGAAGCGAUACGAGUUGGAUGGCAGAAAGGUGCUUUUCUACUUUGACGAGAUUCCCAGCCAGUGUAUGACCUGUGUGAGCUUCCAGGCUGUGCGGGAAUAUAUAGUAGGCAAGACAGCCCCUGUUCCGGUCAAAGUCUAUGACUACUAUGAACCAGCAUUCGAGGCGACGAGGUUCUACAACGUCAGCGAGAGCAGUCCGCUGGCCCGAGAGCUGUGCGACGGGCCCACUUGUAAUGAGGUGGAGAGUUCGACCAACCAGUGGAUAGGCUUCGUGCCGGGGAACCAGUGCAACAACGUGUUCGGCUGCCUGGAGGAGGAGCGCUACGAGCACUGCACCUGCUACCGGGACUGCGGCUACGACGGGGAGCCGGUGUGCGGGUCGGACGGGCGGCGUUACCAAAACCAGUGUCAGAUGGAGGCGUCGGCCUGCCGCAACGGCACGCGUGUCGAGCAGGUGCCGCUGUCGCAGUGUCCUCAGAUGGAGGCCGUGGUGGAGGACCCCCAGGCAGAGGCAGACCAGCUGCCGGAGCAGGGUCCUGAGCCGGUACACACAGGCGAGGAGGAGCAGGGAUCUAUGGCAGAGGUAUCUUACUACUCCUACGAGUAUGACCCCGACUCUCAACCAUUCCUGGCCGACUCCGACGGACACGACCAUUUUCAGCUCCACGCGGGGGGCAAGGUUCCAGAACACAGGGUAGUCAUUCCAGCAGAUACCAAGCUAACCACGCUGGACACAAAAAACACCCCUGAGCGAUGAAACCCUCCUAAACUCCUGGGUCACCUUGUCUCCAAAUUGUAUAUUUCUUGUGAAUAUCUUCGAGUGAGUAGAGAAGAGACAACUGUUACAACAACAAAAACCUAUCAAGCUCAGCAGCUUGAUAGUAAAAAAAAAAAGUAUCAAAUAAAACAUUCUGGAGUGUACAUUUGUUUUUUUUUCUGUGUGUGCGUGUGUGUGUGUUUGUGUGUGAAUGUGAUUCACAUGUAACUGUUUCUUUCAGUGGCUGCCCAUCGCUGUCAAUGGAUGUAUAAGCUACUGUGUGUGUGUGUGUGUGUGUGUGUGUGUGUGUGUGUGUGUGUGUGUGUGUGUGUGUGUGUGUGUGUGUGUGUGUGUGUGUGUGUGUGUGUGUGUGUGUGUGUGGUUCAGUUCGAGGGACUCUAUUGGACUGCUACAGUGCAUGCUCCAGACCUUUUUUAUUUUUUCCUUGUCACAUUCACAUUUGUCUCCUUCUCACCAAUAGACAUUGUAGAAACUUUUACUCACUGUACUGCCUUUGUAAUGGAUAAAUAAAAACAAUCAAGUAUUUAUGUUUGUAAUUACACCCAAGGUUAUGCAACAAAAAAAAGUUAUGUUUUCUAUCUGUGGUAUUUAUUUGUAGCUUCAGUUCUGUUUUUUUUAUAUGCCAUUUAUUUGUCAUUGCAAUCUAUAUUUUUACUAUACACUUUAACUAUACUGUGUAUAUAUAUAUAUACAGUUUUUCUUUUUAAUCAAGCUUUAACACAAUUUUAUUGAGAUAGUUGAUCAACGUCCCAUAAUAGUAGCAUAGAAAUAUGCUAUUUAUUUUCAUGGUAAUAUAAGCUUUUUUUUACUCAAAUUAUUGUGCAAGCUACAAACACCCAAACUGUUAACAUUGGUUACCUGUCGACUUAUUUUAGGGCAAACAGAGGUUUGAUUGUACAGUUCAUAAGCUAUUUGUUUGUCAAAUUUGUGAAAUUACCAGUUUAUAAUCAAGAAAGAAAUAUUUGAUUAAUGUAAAUGUGCCAAAAUUGAUCAAUGUUAUCUCUUUAUUACUAUAACAUAUUGUUUUCAAACAACACAGAAUAAAGUUUGUAUAAAAUCAACACG